AUCUCUCUGCUCUGCUCUGCUCUUCUCCUUCUCCAUCGGAUGGGACGCGCCACGAAUCUGAGGGACCUUGUGGGCAAGCUCAAGGACAAGGCUUCUCAAAGCAAAGCAGCUCUGCUUUCCAACCCCAAAGCCUUAUCCCCCCAUUUAGCCCUCCUCAGAGCCACCACCCACGACCCCUCUGCGCCCCCAAACCAGAGGCACCUGGCCACGCUUCUCUCAUUCGGCAACGGUUCACGGGCCACCGCCGCUUCAGCAGUUGAUGUCCUUAUGGACCGCCUUCAGACCACCCAUGAUGCCGCCGUGGCUCUGAAGUGCCUCAUCACCAUCCAUCACGUCAUCAGGCACGGCAGUUUCAUUCUCCAAGAUCAGCUUUCUGUUUACCCCUUCACCGGCGGCAGAAACUACCUCAAUCUUUCGAAUUUCAGAGAUAACUCCACCGUUUUGGGAUGGGAGCUUUCUUCUUGGGUUAGAUGGUAUGCUUUGUAUCUCGAACAAGUUCUGGCGACUUCUAGGAUUCUGGGAUUCUUUCUGAGUUCAUCAUCAGCGACAAAGGAUGAAGUUGAAGAGAACGUAUCAACGCUAUUGAACAGCGAUCUUGUCAAAGACAUUGAUUCUCUGGCAAACCUGCUCUACGAAAUGUGUAAGAGACCCGAUUCUUUGAAUGAACAGGGAAAAAGGCUGGUGGACAAAGUCAUGGAGUUGGUGGGUGAGGACUCAUUGUCAGCCAUAAAUGAGAUUGCGAUGCGAGUCAAUGAGUUGAAGGAGAGACUGAGUUAUUUGAGCUUUGCUGAUUCGGUCGAGUUGGUGUGUGCUUUGAGGAUGCUGGAGGGUUGCAAAGAGAGGCUGGCGGCAAUUCUUACGCAAGGAAAGACGGUUUCGACGGAGACUUUCUGGGGUUUAAUUGGGGAAGUGAAGGAUAUGGUUGAGGAUAGUAAGGUGUAUACAGGGGAGGGGAGAUUGUUGAGCACGGGAAGCAAAAAUAACGGUAGUGAGUCGGCUCGGUUCGACGACCGAGCUCUGAGGCGGAAUGAUUCAGUCCGGUUCUCGUCGGGGAGACUGUUGGCCUUCACAGAUUUGGUAUUCCAAUCGUAGAGACGGUGGAAUUCAGAAACUGAGGAGAAUGUAUAGUGAGUUCAAGGAUUUGAGAUUGUUCCUUUUUUUUUUUUUUAUUCCAUAGAUUUCAGAUUGCAUGUAGCUAGGAUUUUCCCCCUUCUGUUUUCUUCUUAAUCUUAUGAUUUUGCUGUUAAUUGUAACUCAACUUUAUAAAAUGGGUUAAAUACU